GAAGCAAUGCCAAAUUUCUUGACGGUGUCCCGAGACUUUGUCCGCCACAAAAGGCCGCCGAGUUGUAGGCACGGAUGCGAAUUGGUAGGGCAAGCGGGUUUCCACAAGUGGCGUCGAGCUGUGGCUGCGUAGCCACCACAGGCAACUCAUCGCUUCCUCAGCAUUCUCUCUCUCUUUCUUUCUUCUGUCUUUAUCCGCUUUCCUGUGCCCUGCCAUCCGGUUCCCUUCCAUCACAUCCCGUUCCUCCAUCUCACAUCCUCCUUCUCCGACUACCACAAUGGAAUUGAGCUGGGCGACGCUCUCUCGAGCCACCUCCGCAAUCGCCCCUUCCCUCCUACCCUUCCCUCACCCGCUUUUCCCCCCAGUGAGCAUUUCUCAGCGCAAUUUCAAAAAAUGCAGAGUCUUUUGUCUUUCUACCAGCCAUUCUGAAUCAAAGGACAACGGGAUGAGAGUGUCAAUUACGGGAGCUACUGGCUUUAUUGGUCGAAGAUUGGUCCAAAAGUUACUUUCAGACAAUCACAAAGUUUGUGUUCUGACACGAUCCAGGGCAAAGGCACAAUUAGUUUUUCCGGUGAAUAAUUUUCCUGAAAUUGUAAUUGCUGAAGAAGCGGAGUGGAAACAAUGCAUCCACAGUUCAAAUGCUGUUGUUAACUUAGCUGGACUACCCAUAAGUACAAGAUGGUCGCCUGAGAUAAAGAAGGAGAUCAAACAUAGCCGCAUAAAUACGACCUCAAAGGUUGUAGAUUUAAUAAAUAAUGGAAGCACGGACCUGAGGCCUUCAGUUUUGGUCAGUGCAACAGCAAUUGGUUAUUAUGGUACAAGCGAAACUACAGUUUUUGAUGAGAAAAGUCCUUCCGGCAAUGAUUACCUAUCAGAGGUUUGUAGAGACUGGGAAGCAAAAGCACUUGAAGUAGAUAAUGGUGUUAGAUUGGUACUCAUUCGUAUUGGUGUGGUUCUUGGGAAAGAUGGUGGUGCCCUGGCUAAAAUGAUCCCCCUCUUCAUGAUGUUUGCUGGGGGACCCUUAGGCAGUGGAAGACAAUGGUUUUCUUGGAUUCAUCUGGAUGAUUUGGUGAACCUCAUAUAUGAAGCUCUGAGAAAUCCAUCCUAUAAAGGCGUUAUCAACGGAACAGCCCCGCAUCCUGUCAAAUUGUCAGAAAUGUGUGAGCAACUUGGUCAAGUUGUUGGUCGCCCAUCCUGGCUACCAGUACCGGAGUUUGCCCUCAAAGCUGUCCUAGGUGAAGGUGCCUCUGUUGUUCUUGAAGGACAAAGAGUUCUCCCACUCAAAGCUCAGAAAUUAGGGUUCUCGUACAAGUAUCCAUAUGUUAAAGAUGCACUUCGAGCCAUCAUGAGAGAGUCUUAACUAAACUAUAUCACUAUUCCUUCUAAGAAUAUCGUGUACUUUUUUUUCCUUUUUGAAAUUUAAGUUCCAUUUAACAUUAAUCAUCCAAGAAAAGAAAAGCAUGAUUUUGUGUAAGUUAAAUAGUUGUGCUCUUGGUGUUGGUUAACAAUCUUACCUGUGGUUUGGGAAUUA